AGAGCUGCUCUUACUACUAUCACUAUUAAUAAGGCAGAUGGAGAUAUCACUGGAUCUGAACCAGAGAAGAUAUUUAAUAAUAAGGACAAAGCGAUACAGCUAAAGAAGAGAAGAGAGGCUGCAGUACAAAGAAAACAAAAUCAAACACCUGAAGAUGCUGCAAGGUUCUGGCAAUCAAAAAGACAAAGAUAUAUGCAUAUAGUAGAUACUUCUAUUAUAGAAUCUCUUAAUGCUAUUUCUCCCAUUGAUUCUUUUUUUAUUACUGCUAUUCCUGCUACCAUUUUACAUAUUAUUUCUUUACCAAUAGCAUUGCAACUAUUUCAAUCAGGUGAUCUGGAGCAACACCAGAUAGGUAGAAUGGAUCGAGUUUGCAAAAAUUGUGAUGCCAUCAUAUGGUCAGAGGAAAAAAAAACAAACUUCAGUAGAACGUUACCUAUAUUUACAAAUUGCUGUAUACAAGGCAAGGUUCUUCUUCCAGCUCUGCUAGAUCCUCCCCCUAUACUACAUGCACUUCUUACUAGUAUUGAUACCAAGGCACGUAACUUUCGUCGAAAAAUUCGGUCAUAUAACUUAGCCUUAGCCUUUACUUCUAUAGGUGCUAAGAUUAUUGAUUGUGUUACGGGUGCUGGAGGUGUUUAUAUGUUCCAAAUCCAUGGAGAAAUGUAUCACAAUAUUGGAUCCCUUCUACCUGCUCAAGCUACAGCAUCUCCACGUUUUGCUCAACUUUACAUCUAUGACACAGAACAUGAGGUGUUGAACAGGAUAACCAUGAUGCCUUCUCUAGACGCUACUGUGCUUGCAGACUUGCAACAGAUGUUGGAUCAGGUUAAUCCAUAUGUAGUAGUUUUUCAGCAGGUGCGUGACAUAUUAAUACAAGAACUUACUAUAACACUCUCGAUGGUGAUCAGAGCAGAAAGACUUGCAGAUUCACAAUGUUACAAUAUACCAACUGCCAAUGAGGUAGCAGCAAUUAUAGAAAAUGAACAAGACACCGAGUUUUCAUAUCAUGAUAUUAUACUUAGUCUUCGGGAUGAACAUCUGCAAUGA